AUGGUAGAUCGAGAUUUGGUGGGUUAUGGUGGACAUGGCUUUGACCCCAAGUGGCCGGAUAACAAGAAACUAGCACUUCAAUUCGUACUUAAUUAUGAAGAAGGAGGCGAAAACUGUGUGUUGAAUGGCGAUGCAGCAUCGGAACAUCUAGUGUCGGAUAUUGUAGGUGCUGUCCCGUAUUUAAACGAGCGUCAUUUGAAUAUGGAAUCGUUAUACGAAUACGGCAGUCGUGCAGGUUUUUGGCGACUUUAUCGUGUCUUUACGACGCGAAACCUUCCACUGACCGUUUAUGCUGUUGGUCUUGCACUUGAGAAGAAUCCAGAGGCAGCAAUAGCCAUGAAAGACGCUGGAUGGGAAGUUACAAGUCAUGGAUAUCGCUGGAUUGACUAUCAAAAUGUCAAUGAAGCUACAGAACGUGACCAUCUUUGGAAAACUGUUGCCGUUCAUGAGAAACUAUUAGGUGCACGACCAGUGGGUAUUUAUCAAGGCAUACCAAAUGUCAAGACCCGACAACUGGUGGUCGAGGAAAGAGGGUUUCUCUAUGACGCUGAUGCUUACAAUGAUGACUUGCCAUAUUGGAAUACCCACUUUGGUCGUCCACAUCUUGUGAUCCCUUAUACACUUAACAAUAAUGAUAUGAAGUUUGUAGCUGCUCAAGGAUUCAACUGUAGUGACCAGUUCUUCACGUACUUGAAGGACGCUUUUGAUAUUUUGCUCGAGGAAGGACGAGCUGGACAACCAAAAAUGAUGUCAGUGAGAUUGCAUUGUCGUAUCGUGGGACAUCCUGGACGUAUUGCUGGACUACUACGUUUCUUGGACUACGUCCAGAGCUUCCAAGACAUUUGGAUUUGCAAACGCGAGGACAUCGCGCACCACUGGUACCGGACUCACUACCCGAACAAUGCUGCCAGCUCAAAGCUGUAA